AAGUAAAAUGUUUCGAACUUUUCUUACAAUGCCCUUGUGAACAGAUGAAUGAGUGAAGACGUUUUGAUCUUUUCAAUUGAUCUUUGACUUCUUGGUGGGCCCUUGUAGGGCAGGCGAGGCUUAAAUACAGCUAUGUAAAGUUCCUGAAUUGUUCAUGUGUUUGUCAUGAGAGAUGUUUACUGAUAUUCAAGUACUUCCAGACUACCUACCAACCAUUUACUAUCACCAUAUUCAAGCUUCACUAUCUGCCAAUACCUAGUAUGGGGUUAUGCGUAUAAUCAAAGAAUCUCUGUUACUUGUCAUUCAUUAAAUUUCUUUCAGCUGAUCUCUAUCAUUCAUUUCAUCUCUAAGCUUUAGAGAGAAUCGGAGCCUGGUUAUUGCCUCAUUCUUAUCACCUAGGCGCUACGUAUGACAAAGGACCGAUCUUAAUUACAUGGCAGAGAAAUAUAUUCAAUUUCCAAGAUUCGGGAGAAAUAAUUGGUCUGGUCGUCCCAAGUUCACGUCAGGUGAAGUGCCCCCCUCGACUAAUCAGUACCACUGCCUUGAAAACAUACUGGACUACCUUCACCCACACUAUCAAUAUUGAAAAAUCGAUUUUUCUUCUCAAAGUCUUUCACAAACAACUUUGUUGCUGAAUCAACAAUUUUCUCCACACUCUUUUCAAAAAUGGAGGAAAGGUUAACCCAGCCAUGUAAAACCUCCUUCAUUCUCUCUACAUAUCCUCCUCCUCCUUUUACUCCAACAUUUGUUUUUAGCUCAAUCACUAAUGACUCUGAUUACGAAGCUACUCAACCUACCGAUGAAGCAACUCGGCUUGGUAAUGGUAAUUCCGGUUUGACCGAUGAAGAUGCUGCAGACAUCGUUUGCAUUCUCCAUCCUGAUUCCGAAUCGGCUCGCAGGGUUUGUUCCGAAAACUACAGAUGGAACCCAAAUAAUACAAUCAGCCUUGAAGAUGAUAUAUCUGACUCAGAACCCCAAAGUCUGGUUCCCUGCGAUCUGGCACUCCGAAUGUCGGCGGAUUUAAAAGAUCCUAAUCUGGGCUGGAUUUUUGGUCGAAGCCACGAACGAUGCGACUUCGUGAUAAAAGCAGGCUCGCCUCAUCAGGUCAGCAAUCAACACUUCCGCAUUUACCUCAAUGAGCACUGUAUUCUCAUGAUAGACGAUAUGUCUACUAAUGGUAUCGCGGUUGAUGGUACUCUGCUCCAAUAUAAGUACAGGAAAGAAGGUAAACCCUAUCGGCAAACUCUUGAAAACGGAAGCAUUCUCUCCAUACCUUUAUUCAGAACCAAAGCCCUCAAUUUCAAUUUUAUUAUUCGGGUACCGCAGCGUAGUGAUGAAGCUCAAGAGGCUUAUGAAAACAAGUUCGCUCAUUAUAUGCGUCGAACUCAAGAAACUCAAGUCCGACACGUCGUUGAGGGUGAUGCAAAUAGGCAACCAGUAAGUGAUUGCUAUGCCAUUAAAAAAUAGCACGAUUGCUGAUAGAUACACAGCUUGAUCUCUUCCCGAACGCUGCUAAUCGAGGUGCGAGCUCUUCCUUGAUGGUCAGAAAGCAACGGGAAUGGAAAGGUGGUCAAAAAUACAACAAGCUGAACACAAUCGGAAAAGGUGCUUUCGCCGUCGUCUAUAAAGUGACUGACAGAAGAACCGGAAUUCCCUUCGCUGCCAAGGAGCUUGAGAAGAAAAAGUUCCUGAAGAAUGGAGUCCAAAAAAUCGAUUCCGAGAUUAAGAUUAUGAGCAAGAUUCACCACGUAAGUUUCCUCUCGUCUCCGUAAUAUUCUAGCUAGCAAAUGCUCACAAGUCUCAGGAAAAUGUAGUUUCGUUCAUCGAAUGUAUUGACUGGGAGGAUUAUCUAUACAUUGUCAUGGAGUUUGUGCCUGAAGGAGAUCUUACAGGCCUCGUUACAACAUGCCAUCACCUUCCUGAACAUGUAGUCAAAGCCAUAGCUGUCCAGCUAUUGAGCGCAUUGAAAUAUCUUCAUUCGCUAAAUGUCACUCAUCGUGAUAUCAAACCUGACAACAUUCUAUGCCAGAGUCGCAAUCCUAUUCACGUCAAACUGACCGACUUUGGCCUAUCGAAGAUGAUUGAUACAGAGGACACAUUUCUACACACUUUUUGUGGCACAUUGCUAUACUGUGCACCGGAAGUUUACAAUGAAUAUCCGCAAUAUGACCUCGCAGGUCAAAGAACCAAUCGUCGCUGUGACAGUACGGCAAUGCAGCAGAGAUAUGACCACGCUGUUGACAUUUGGUCCCUCGCCUGCGUACUGUUUUAUUCAUUCUGCGGAUCUCCGCCAUUUCCUGUAGGAGGUAACUCACAUCAUACGCAACUACUCCGAAAAAUCAUGGGAGACGCUCUAGAUGUCAGGCCUUUACAACGUGUCAAAGUAUCAGAUCAUGGAAGAAGUUUCGUUGUAAAAAUGCUUCACAUAAAUCCAGAACAUCGUGCUAAUAUCGCGGAACUAGAACAAAGUCCUUGGUUGACGGGAGACCUAGACGAAACAGAUGAUGAAGAUAUUGAAGAGCUUGCGCUACCCGCUUCUCAGUUAAAUUUAUUGGACAAUCCCGAGAGUGGAGAUGAAAAUAAUGACUUUGGUGCUGACACGAUCAAUUUUCAACCUCGCAAGAAUCCGAGUAGCUUUAACACUGAUGACUCGGACGAUGCGGGAUAUGUGGAAGUUGAAAGCUCAAUGCCGAAUAAUUUCGGUGCAAAUAUACCUAGUGUCGAAAGCCUUGUACCACAAGAAAAUUAUGAGUUCAUCCGAAAUCCUGCAAAUAAUGGUCGGCUAUUUGGAGAAGUUAAUGUGGAUUCCUCUGCUUUAGGAAGCUCCGGGGCCGUUCCGUUAGAUCAAUUGGACCUUCCAACUCCAAUCCAGCACAUUCGAAAUAAGCAUCCUCGCCAGUUUACAGAGCAGAACGAGGCAAAACCUUUCGCAAAAUUUAAGACUCGUCUUGGAGCCGCUAGCGCCAUACCAAAGACACCACCACCACCUUCAACUCACCGUCGCAUUGUAACUCCAGCUGCGAACUACUUCGAAAAUGGAGUUACUCAAAGUCCCUCGAGCCUUAUGGGUGCUGUAUCUCAACUAGGUCAUUUGCAGAUGAAUUCUCCUUCCAUUUCACCAAGCGAAAUCUCGGCGGCCCAAUUAGUCAAUCUGUCUCAUGCCCAGACGGAAAAUAUCAGUCUCCGAAGACUCAGAGACAAUAGUGAUGUUUGGCACCCUGAAGAUCUUCCACCGCAGAAACGCCAAAAAUCCACGCGAACAAUUGACUUCUUGUUACCCCCGCAGACAUUUUGGAAUCCUAGAGACAAGUCGACUCACCAUGAGGAUUAUCCGCCCAUGUCAGCGACCGUGUGGAAUCGAUAUGUUGAGCUUGCCGAGUCAAAAGGAGAAAAGUUUCAGCAUGGCUGCACAACAUUUGAGAGCAUGAUGGUUAGCUUUAGAAGCAAUAGCAAGACUCCUUCCGUGGGUUCAAGUGUGUCGUUUCGAGCUCAAUCUGAACCUUUGGUUGAAGGGGCAGAAAAUUUUCCACGGUUGGUGCGCGACGUGCGAAGACUCAGCGACGACGCUUCUGUACAGCAGAGCAUAGCUUCGAGGGAUAAUUUGUCUAUCCACAGCAACGUGUCUCCGCCUCAAGUAGCGCAAACCUCGAGGUCUUAUUCAAUGGUGAAGGCGGGUACGAAAGAAGAUAAUACAUUGCUUCCUACGAUUGAAGCUAAGACGGAAAACACAUCAACUACAGACCUAAAAGACAACAUUGCUGCGAGAAAUGAUUUUCAGGUUCCUAAGCGGGUACUCGCAAAGUUCUCUGCAACUCCAGACUCUUAUAUACCAACCAUCUCUUUCAACGUUACGGAGCCCUUUACAUCUUGGGGUCGCGGGUUUUUCAAUACUAUCCCAUACACAACCCGCGAUAAUGUCCGAGUUGCUGUUCCAAGAUACGCCUUUAAGCUUUUACUAUUCAAGAAUGGUUUUUACCCCUCUGAUGGAAAGUAUACCGAAGAAUGGAACAAGAGCCGUGGUGAUGAAGAAGGCUUCAGGUUCUUGAUCUCUACCAAGUCCUCCGCAGGUCUAACAAUCAAUGGUUUAAAGCUCCCAAGCCAUAAUUUUGAGGAUCCGUUGUCAGAAUCGAAGUAUUGGGGAGAGAUUCGUAAUGGCGACGUCAUCACCAUUAGUAAUUCGAAGAACACAUUGUUGAAGCUCAAGUUUGAAUGUUUUUGGGGUAUGGGUAAAUAUAGGCGGAAGGACUCCAAGUUCUUUCUCUACAAGGAAACAGAUCAUAUUGCCACAAUUGAUCGGGCUUGUUUGAAACUUCAGAAUGCUGUUCUUGAAGAGCGCUCGAAACGAAUGGUGGAGCAAAAAAAAUUGGCUAAAGAGAUCAAUCAUCAACGAAAAGCAUCUGUGGGCCUUUAAUCCUAAUCCAGUCUUUUGUAUUUUGACGUCACGCCAAUAUCUCGUUAAGGAUUCCUCGACGAGCACCUUUUGACGCAAAAUUUUUGUAUUUUUACGAACAUUACUUUUUCUCCUUGGUUGUACCAUCAUCUGUUACAUACCACACGGGAGUUUUUUAGCUGCUUGGCUUAGCUUUUUUUUUGCUACUGCUUAGCUUGAUGGUUUUGCUCCUUCUCUUUUUUUUUGAUUUGAGCUAAUUUUUCUUUGAUAUGAAAUGAUGUGAGUUUUUGGUGAUUUUAUUUCAGGAGUGGGUAGUUUUCUAUUUGAAAUAGACGGAUGGAUUGGAGGGUAUGAAUGAAUGAUAUUGGCGGUAUGGAUAGGUCGCACAGAUUUCAGAUUGAGCUGAAUUUGCAAGUUGCUAAUAUGGAUGAAAAUAAAUGUACCAUCUAUAAUGAAGAAAGAAUAGUUUAAAUAUCAGUUAAUAACC